AUGGAGCUACCAGAUAACCUCAGAAAACGACUGGAAGACUUUUCUAGAAAUGUUUUAUUUGACCCAAACAGGUCAAUUAACGCCGUCACAAAAGAAUACGAGCCUUUUUUGCUGAACGAUAAACGUGUUCUGUCCAGCCUCCACCUCCAAAUGUCCCUAUAUUUUAACGCGUGUUUCUUUCCAUUUUGGUGGAUUAGUGAAGUUGUGAUGUUGAACCUCAAGUAUCCCUUUUUACCAGACUACUACAAGUUCAUCCUCGUGACUAUUCUCAUUGUGAUGUCUUGUAUUGAAGCCAUUCGACUGUAUCUGGGUUAUUCGGGAAAUUUGCAAGAAAAGGUCCCAGAGUUGGCAGGUUUUUGGCUGUUGAGUAUUCUGCUGCAGCUGCCUUUGAUUCUCUUCCAGCUGUUUAAUGAAGCUAUUCUCAUACAACCAUUGGAAAGAGGUGUUCAUAUUGUCCAAUGCAUAUUUUUACUAACCCAGGUCUUUGCUGGCUUCAUUGCACUCCAGGACCUCGUCAGACACACAGAAAGCCAGUUUCAUCUAAGACAAUUUGACUAA